CUUUGAUAGGGUAAGGGGUGUUACAAUUAGUGGUAUCAGAGCAAAGGUUUAGGCGGUUCUAGGUCAUAGUAUGUAUGUGUAUAUGUGUCAUAUAUGUACAUGCCAAAAUGAGUUACAGCUAUGAUAUGGUUCUGAUGUAAAUCUCUUCUUUGUGUCUUUAGGUCAUAUAAAAGAUGUCAUCUGAGUCACAGAGAGCAAUAGAUGAAGAGGUAGAUAGUCAUGCUCCCUCUGAGGCAGCUGCACCUGCUGCUGCUCCUCCACCUGCUGCUGCUGGCGGACCAGGGCAGGAUGCAUUGUUUCAGCAAAUAGCUGAGUUGAUUAGGAGGGUUACACAAAAUGUACCAGAGGUACCACCACCACCACCUGUUGUAGCCCAGGCACAACCUAGGCCUCCAAUAGAAAAACUCAGAAAGUAUGGUGCAACAGAGUUUAGAGGUAAAAAGGAAGAUGAUCCUUCAGCUGCAGAAUUCUGGUUAGAAAGUACAGAAAGGGUUUUACAGCAGCUACAGUGUUCACCAGUAGAGAGCUUGAUGUGUGCAGUAUCAUUGCUAAAAGAUGAAGCGUAUCGAUGGUGGACAACUUUAACACAGAUGGUUAGACUAGAGCGGCAGACUUGGGAAUUCUUUUUAGCAGAGUUUAAGAAGAAAUAUAUUGGGGCCUUAUAUAUAGAGGAGAGAAGAAGGGAAUUUUUAUACCUCAGACAAGGCAGGCUUACAGUAACUGAGUAUGAGCGAGAAUUUGUUAGACUUAGUAAGUAUGCCACAGAGAUAGUUCCUACAGAGGAAGAGAGAUGUAAACGCUUUGAGCAAGGAUUGCAUGCUGAUAUAAGGAUGUACCUCACAGUUAUGCAUCUUAGGGAACUCUCAGUUUUAGUAGAGACAGCCCACAGUCUGGAGCGAAUUAAAGAAGAAGAGCAAAGUAGAAGGCAGAAAGGGCAGCAGAAGAGGAGCCAGAGCCAAUAUCAGGGACAAUCCUCUGCAUCUCAGACAAGUAGUAAGAGACAGAGGGAAUUUCAGCAGACAGGGCAGAGAGGGCCACCUAGGCAGAUUCAAAGACCUGGGCAAAGUUCAAUAGUGAGGUCUGGACAGCAGACAACCUCAGUAUCCAGUACAGAAGGAUCAGGUAGAGGGUUGCCACCUGUAUGUGAGCAUUGUGGCAGGCGACAUGGUGGAGUAUGCAGGAGAUUAACUGGGGCUUGCUACUUAUGUGGAAGCUCAGACCACUUUAUGAGGGAUUGUCCUAGAGGCCAAUCAGUGCAGCCUAUACAGACAGAGAGAUCUUUGCCGACAGGGUCUAGAGGCAGAGAUAGAGGUAGAGGUGAAUCUAGCAGUGCUCAGAGUCACAGAGUAUCAGAGACAGUUGAUAGACCAGAUACUAGAGCACCUGCCAGGGCAUAUGCUAUUCGUGCAAGGGAAGACCAGGACAAACCAGAUGUUAUUGCUGGUGAAGGAACAUCAAAGGGAAAGGAGAUAGCUAGAGAUUAGAAGAGGAAAAGAAAG